AUGUAUCACCUUCGCUCCAGUCCGGAUCUUGCACCGAAACUUUGGUGGGCAGAUUAUUUGGCAGGUGCUUUGGGGACACACCCAGGAUCGGCCACAGGCACACAGACAUUAGAAGCAUUCCACAGCUUCUGGCAACGCCAAAUCCAAGAUCAGAUACGGGCUAACCCCACGCACAUCCUGCAAGUCAUGCAGAAGCUGUACGAUGGCGCUAGGAAAACGUGGAUGCAAGAAGACGGAGGUUUUCCGUGUGUGCUGUGGCGGCCAGAGCCAGACAACAUCUACCUCGCGGGCGACGCGCUCCAUCGUCUUGGUCAAAAUUCGGCCGUGGAAUCUUUCUCUGCGAAGAAGAACGGAAAUGUGCACCACGUGGAAGUGAAGGCUGCACAGACAUCAUUCUGGGUGAUGCGUGCGCAGGCGACCGAUCAAGUCGCCGCUGCCAAGGCCACAGUGUGUAAAGCGCUGGCAGAGGCCAUCGUGAAUAUGUUGUUGCUGGGCGGAAGGGAUUUGAAAGCGGCACUGCAACAAGCCAAUGUCCUUGAGACGGACAAGAAGAAGAUCAGCACUACAAACCUAGAACUUUUGUUUCACUGCCACUGCGUCGUGAUUCAGGGGGAGUCAGAAAGAAGCUUUGGCUCCUUUUUGGAGCUGUUGGGGAAUGUGCCAAAAAGAAGCCUUAAGGCAGCCUUGAAUCGCCGCACGCAGGAGCUGCUGGCGGCCGUGCUGACGGAGCACUGGGUGAAGAUUAUCAUAGGGCUUGGUUUGGCAGUUGCUUUCCGACUUCCACAGUGUUUUCUGAGUGAAGAUGGUACUGAACUCAGAGUCAUGUUGUGGUUGAGAGACGACAUGACCUUACCCAAGAAGGAGAAGGUCAGUGGCACCUUUGGCGGCUGUGCAGACGGGCACGGCUUCUGCGCCUCUCACACCCAGAAAAAGCUCGAUUCCAAGACUGCAAGGAGUGCGCGCUUGUUGAUCAGAGGAUUGAUUCGGACUGAUGCCAUUGUGCCACUUUGGGAGAUGGAUUUUGACGUAUUCUGGUACACAGUGAACAUCGAGUAUGCCGCAUGCCCCAUGACGUGUGCGGUGUUACAGUUGAAAGCGCUCAAGGCUCAGGAACUUCAGGAAUUGCGGAGGAUAGAAGAGCUAAAGAGCUGUCUAUCCACCCAUCAGGCGAGAUGUGCAGAGUUGGAGCAAAGACUUGACUCUGCCGAAAGCGACAAUCAGCUGUCGACAAGCAGCUGCCAAAAACGACAUUUGCAGGAGGUUGCGUCAACUUGCUGGGAACAGGAGCGACAGCAGCUACAGAGUCGACUGGAGGAGCUCAAAAGGGCUUCAUUUGAGCGGCAGGCGCACUGCAACGCUCAAGCCAGCCAGGUCCAAGUGAACCAGGAGAUUCUUCAACCGAUUCGAGAGUUGAGCCUUGAACCAGAACCUUCAGAGUCAAGGACAGCGCAGCAAAUUGCUGCACUUCGCGUUUCCAUUUACCGACAGGAGCAGGAUCUGCGGAAGGACCUACAAGUUUUGGCUACAGAAGUGGCCGAGGAAGAAGCUGCCGAAAUCGUACGCGUAGAGGACUUGCAGGAUACCUUGGCGGCGAGGGAGCAAGCAAAGCAAGCGCAGGCAGAGGCGAAGCUGAGAUGGAAGCAGACUGAAGAAGGACAAGGUGCUUUGAACUGCUUCUCUGUCAAGCCUCUGGAUUCUUCUGCGAAGCAGCAGGCCUUUGAGGAGGUGCUUUGCUGUGGAUCACCUGACGCAGCGUUGUUUGUUGGCAUUCAAUUGCCAUCCGCCAUCCUAAGUCUGGUGAAGUCGCAGGAGACUCUCCUCCAGGAUGUGUGCCAGAUCAUCGCCGAUGCAUUGGAUUCUGCUGCGAGAACACAUGCUGAGCUUUUGGAAGAGGAACAUUUGGAGUUUCGGUGUCAACAGCAGUUUCAAGCCGCUAGGGCUCAGAAGAUAGCAGAGCAGACUGCCAGACUGAGGCAUGCCCUUGCAGCGCUGAAGAAGGACCACGAACAGCAUGAGGAAGAGAAAGCCAUGCUCUUCGAUGUGGACUUGGCUGCAGCAAGAUUUGAGGCAGAUGAUGCAGAGGAGCGAUAUACGCGACUGCGGCAGAAUGUGAAGCUGUGCGAGCAGGAGGAAGAGCUUCAUGCGGACCUGGUGGCUGAAGAGGCAACGGCUAUGGCCAUUUGCGAGUCUUUGCCGGGAGCUACGAACAGCAAUGCAGUCAAAGGAGGCGACGGCUUCAGCGAUGCUGCAUCUUCUAUUGUAGUCAUCCAACAGUUGUCGCAACAGCGUCACCUGCAAGUGGUCUUGCUGGUGCUUUCAGUCUUGCUGCUCUUUGGGUGCCUCUGUGGGAUAUGGCGCUGCCGGCGCCCCGAGGUUCUGCCAGAAAGAGGCCAGCGCCGCUGUGGUGAGUUGGGUCAGCAGACCUUCAUGGUCGUGCCAAAGCAGGGCCCGAAGAAGCCGACGUCCACUUUGCUCGACCAGGUCCCCGGUAAACCGAAGGAGGCUGCGCAUGCGCGAGCGCAGGCUGCUGCAGGUGAAACCGCCAUGUCUCCUAUGGCUCCUCGUCCAAGCCACGCCUCCAAAGCCUCCAAAGCCUCCAAAGCGUCGAGUUCACGUCUUGCUCGAGUCGUUUCGGCUGUGUCGCUGCUGAGACCUUCAAAGAUCCAUGUGGUAUGGCAGCUGAAUUUGCAGCACGUUCAAGACUGGCUCGCCGGGAGGACUACAAUACCUCCUGAGUGUGUGCGAGAGGCAGAGACACAGGAAGAGACACGAGCUGAACCUGAUGCUGACUUGGAGGUGGCCUCAGAAAGCUGCCCCCAGCUGCCGCGACAGCGGUCCUCGGCACUGGUGGCCAGUCAGCACAUGGCGAAGCCAAAGAAGGAGAGCAAUUUCUUCGCUGCUUACAGCAGCGGCGACAAAGUGGAAUACUUCUCGGCCACACAAGGAAAGUGGCUAUUGGGAGAGGUGCACGUGCAACCAGUGCGGGGGAAAACGCCAUUUGUUUAUUCAGUGACGCUUUACAGAUUAGCUCAGCAGUUGCCUCAUGUUGAACAGGAGAUGCUGCGCCUGCCGUUUGCAGCCGGUGAACCCUGUGAACUCUGGUCUUCCAGUGAAGAGCGCUGGAUUGAAGCAGAGAUCGUCGGCAUGGAGGCUGGCAGCACUCCUGUACGUCAAUACAAGGUGCAGUGCCUUUCUGGAGAUCCACUGCUUGUGCAGGCGUCAAUGUUGCGCCGCUGUUUCCCUGAAGGAAGUCAAGUGCGAGUCUACCAGGGUGCCACUCAAGGUUUCUGCCAUGCUCGUGUAGCAGGACCAUCAGAAGCAUUCCGUCCAAACCUGGAGGCUCAGCAGAGUAGGACAGCACCGGAUGGUCCGCUGGACUACCACGUCAUGGUUCCAAUUCUCAAGGCAUCGCGCGAGAAGGCAACAGUGCCAUCCUUUUUCCUCCGUCUGGAGCGCCAGCUCCUGGGUACCCGGGCAUCUGCUGACACCAAGUGGAAGAAAACUCUGGCGGCCAAAAUUGGCGUCGCCAAGAACCCGUUCACUGAAUGGCGUGACUCGGGCUAUGCUUUGCCAGGUCUCGAUGGCAAGAACGAAGAGUAUUCAGGUGAUGACUGGCUGUUUGGCAUGCGCGAAGCUCUUGGUGGCAAAGAGAAGCAGCUUCAAGUUGAAGCGCAGACGUUGGCCCAGAAGGUGGCUGAUGCAGAGCGCCGGCAGACGCAAUUGUCCGAACGCCUGGAUGGAGCGGAGGAGCGCGAAGGAGAACUGCGCAAGAAGCUUGCAGAGGAACAGGAACGUGCACGAAUGGCCCAGAAGAGCUACGAGGAGCUCACUGAGCAAGUCGAACAAGCGCAGAUUGAAAGGGAUCUGGAGUUGGGAGGCAAAGAGUCUCGCCAGGAGCUCGAGAAGCAGAUCGAAGAAAUGAAGAAAUCUCAGCUAAAGAUGGAGCGUGAGCUGUCUGAAAGCAAAGCUCGAGAGGCAGAUCGCGCCCGUGAGCUGAAAGAAAAGGAGACGGAACUCAUCACCGUGCGCAGGGAGAAGGUUGUGCUGACCAAAGAAUUAGCUGACGCCAAGAAGCGUGAGCAAGAGCUUACAAUGCUCUUGGAGGAAGCACAACAGCAGAUCUUGGAGCUCACAAGUGACGAAGCAGAUCAGAUUCUGGCAGACAUCGAUGUGAACGACCUGGGCCAGGUGCCGCCACCUUUCGCACCACCACCGCCACCCAAGGCACCGCCACCCAAGGCACCGCCUCCCAAGAGCGCCCCGCCACCACCACCAGUGGCAUCAGUGCCACGAGAUCCACCACCUCCACCACCAGUGGCAGCGGUUGCAAAGCUUCCACCUCCACCACCGAAAGCCAAAGCGCCGGCUCCGCCGCCUGCGCCGGCGCCGCCGGCUCCGGAGGUCCAUGGAAAAACUGGAAAAACUGGGAAUGGGAAGAUGGUGGAUCUGGACCUCAGCCAAGUCACGCUCACCAAUGGAGUCAAUGGAGUCAACGGACCCAAUGGCACCAAUGGUGCAAAGCCCAAGACGGCGAAGACAAAGGCAUCCAAAGUGACCAAGGCGUCCAAGGCGCCCAAGACGACCAAGACGUCGCCCAAGUCGAAGGCCCGAGCAAAGAAGAUCCCUAUGGAUGCAGGUGCGACGAAGUGA